AUGAACCGUGACGUCACCGGAGAAGGCGACUCUGUUUCUGUUUCACACGAACCAUCGACUUCAAAAAAUUCAUAUGAUGUCUUGUUGAUGAUCUUUGGCUCAAUCGGAGCUGCUGGGAAUGGUCUUUCUAUACCUCUCAUGACAUUGUUGUUCGGUGAUCUCAUUGAUUCUUUUGGUGAAAAUCAGAACAACAAAGACAUUGUUGAUGUUAUCUCAAAGGUUUGUGUGAAGUUCGUCUACCUUGGACUUGGAACACUAGCAGCAGCAUUUCUUCGUAAGUCAAUUAUUACCCGCGAUUCGCGUGUUUCUCCAUUGUGA